AUGAGGUCUCCCGCGGCGUCUCCUGCGUCGCCAACAGCCGCCGCCACCGCCGCCGCCGCCGCUGCGCUGCGCCAGAUCCCCGUCGUAUGUCCAGGCCACUCGCGGCCUCUGACGGAGCUGCACUACAGCCGCAGCGCGUCGACGCUGCUGCUCUCGGCAUGCCACGACAAGCUGCCGAUGCUGCGCCACGGCGAGUCCGGCGACUGGAUCGGCACGUUCGAAGGCCACAAAGGCGCCGUGUGGAGCGCGAAAUUGGACCACGAGGCGGCGUUUGCUGCGACGGGCAGCGCGGACUUUUCCGUCAAGAUCUGGGACGCGCGCACCGGGGACGUCGUCACGACCCUCGAGCACAAGCACGUGGUCAAGAGCGUGGCGUUCACGCGCGACGAUCGGCGGCUCGUGACUGCAGGCCACGAGAAGCUCGUGCGUGUGUUUGACGUCACGCAAGUCAAGGAGCAGCACAAGCAGUACAAGGCCGAGGGGGGCGUCGUCAUUUUGCCGCCACCACUGCCGGUGGGGGAGAUGCACACGAGGGAGCAGAUUCGAAAAGUAGUGGUCUUGGGCAACGAGGUGGCGGUCACGGGGGAAGUCGACGGCACGGUGACUGUCUGGGACUUGGAGACGUUUACACCUAGACGACAGUUUACUGUCGACACAGGCGUGAUGGAUAUGGAGGGUUCACGGGACGGCAAGGUGCUGACGGUGGCAGCUGGUAAACAGGUCUAUUUCUACAACGUCGACGAUGACUUUGCACUUUUGCGAUCGUUCGCCAUGCCCAUUUCGUUUGCAGAAGAAGGAGGGGCAUCAUUGCAUCCAACCGAGAAUAAGUUUGUUGCUGGUGGGUCCGACACGUGGGUGCGCGUGUUUGACUUUGAGUCGGGAGAACUGCUCGAGACGCUCAAGGGACAUCAUGGACCGGUAAGAUGUUUGCGAUACUCGCCAUCGGGCGACUCGUUCGCGACGGGCUCGGAAGAUGGUACAAUUCGCAUCUGGCAAAACGACUUUACGCUUGCGGCUUUGACGUCCAUCGCGGACACGGCCGGUAGUCUGAGCUAA